GAUAUUAGCUGCAAUGAACUUCAGGUUCUUCCCCAGCAGAUAGGCAAAUUGCAGUCACUUAGAGAAUUAAACAUAAGAAGAAAUAAUCUCCAUAUCUUGCCAGAUGAAUUAGGAGACCUUCCCUUGGUUAAGCUGGAUUUUUCUUGUAAUAAAAUUACAGAAAUUCCAACUUGUUACAGAAAGUUACGUCACUUACAAGUUAUAGUUUUGGAUAACAAUCCGAUGCAGAUACCACCAGCACAGAUAUGUUUAAAGGGUAAAGUACACAUAUUUAAAUUCCUCAGCAUUCAGGCGUGCCUCAGAAUAGAUAAAAAACCAGAUUCUUUGGAUCUUCCGUCAUUAGGUAAACGAAUCCCCUCCCAGCCACUCACAGACAGCAUGGAAGACUUUUAUCCCAAUAAAAAUCAUGGACCAGACUCUGGCAUCGGAAGCGAUAAUGGGGAUAAAAGGUUGUCCACAACAGAACCAUCUGAUGAUGAUACAAUCAGCCUUCACUCCCAGGUAUCUGAAUCAACAAGGGAACAGACAUUAAGGAAUGACAAUCAUGUAACAGGAAGUAAACUCGAUCCGCAGAAAGACCAGGAGCUAUAUGAUUACAUUGAUCCGAAUGCAGAAGAGGGAGCUGUUCCUGAGCAAGGAGAUGUACACAUUGGACCAUUGCUGUCUUAUAUUAAGGAACGGGGAAAACAUCCUGAGAAAUCCCAGAAAAUAGAACAGAAUGAGGACUGGGGAGAUGAAAAAAGACUUCAGAAAGAACAGCUGCUGGCUGAAGAUGAUGAUGACCUCAAAGAAGUGACUGACUUGAGAAAAAUAGCAGCUCAGUUACUGCAGCAAGAACAAAAACACAGGCUUCUUAAUCAUUCAGUUUCAGUAAGCACAAGGAACAGGCCAAAGCAGCCAAUGGAAUCUGAAAAAUGUGUCUCAAUAGAUGAAGUGAAUUCCCCAGUGUCUCCCUACAGCUGGCAGCCACUGGAAAACCAGAAGGAUUCAAUGGAUGAGCAGCAUUGGCCAGAAACACAGCCAGUGAUUUGGCAGAAUGAAGAAAGAAGGAGAAGUAAACAAAUUAGAAAAGAGUAUUUCAAGUAUAAGUCUUCCAGAAAGAGUUCAAGUGGAAACGAAAAUGAUGAGCAAGACAGUGAUAAUACUAAUGUGUCCCCACAGUCUCCUGUGUCGUCUGAGGAUUAUGAAAGGACAGACAGUAAUACUCAUGGCCCAUUUGGUCUCAAACCAAGGUCAGCUUUCAGCCGUGCAUCUCGCCAGGACUAUGGUGCAGUGGAUCCUGGAUUUACAAUGAGGAGGAAAAUGGAACAUUUAAGGGAAGAAAGGGAACAAAUAAGACAACUUCGCAAUAAUCUUGAGUCAAGGUUAAAGGUAAUUUUGCCAGACGACAUCGGAGCAGCAUUGAUGGAUGGAGUAGUUCUUUGCCAUUUAGCCAAUCACAUAAGGCCGCGUUCUGUUGCCAGCAUUCAUGUUCCAUCGCCAGCAGUGCCUAAACUCAGCAUGGCAAAGUGCCGAAGAAAUGUGGAAAACUUUCUUGAUGCUUGUAAAAAAUUGGGCGUUCCACAGGAGAGACUUUGCUUGCCUCAUCACAUUUUGGAGGAAAGGGGUCUGGUGAAGGUUGGCCUCACAGUUCAAGCUCUGCUUGAAUUGCCAGCGUUGAAAGUAUCUCAGCUUUCCUCCAUGUGAUAUGACUUCUUGGAAGCUAGACAACUUGCUGUAUGAUCUGUUGAUCUGGAUUGCUGUGAGGCAGUUCAGCUUCCUACAUGGGAACAUCCAAGCCAUCAAAAACUAGUAUCUGUCCAGAUGCUGUAGAGAGCCUUACUUUGGAGUUGUACAUGAAAACCAUGGAGUCAGCUGACAGCUAAAAGAACAUAAUUAUUCUUUUUUUCUUUUGUAAUUGGAUGCACAAAGAGAUUGUGGUAGCAUCAGGUUCUCUUUCCAGUUAAUUUAAGUUAAAAGCUGCCAUUGUUAAAUGGCACAGUGUUACAGUUAAAUGCUGGAUUUCUUUUUCUACAUUGAAAAUGUUGUUUGAAUUAUUUUGGAAGUACAAAGCACGCCCCUCCU